GCCAAUAUCCCAAGAAGUUUUAAAAAUCAAACAUAGGAAAGGGAUCUAAUUGACAUCAAUUCUCAGAUAUAGUGUCAGUUUUCCUUAAACUAUUCAGUUUCAUGUGUUAGUUUUCCCUUUUGUGUACUGCAAAGUUCCCAAGCAACUCAAAUUUGCAAACACACAACUAUGGAUACAAUAUUUGUUUUACAACAGUUACCCAGGGAUCUAGGUUUCUGUGUUUUGUUAUUCUUCCUACCUCUUUUGUUUCUUAAUCAUAUAUAACAACAUUUAGGGUAAUAGUUUGGUUUACAAGUCUUUUAAGUCUGUGCUGAUGGCCUGUAGCCUCCAGUUUGAAACUAGAGAAGAAUGAGUAGUCAGGAACUGGUCACUUUGAAUGUGGGAGGGAAGAUAUUCACAACAAGGCUUUCUACUAUAAAGCAGUUUCCUGCUUCUCGGUUGGCACGAAUGUUAGAUGGCAAAGACCAAGAAUUUAAGAUGGUUGGUAGCCAGAUUUUUGUGGACAGAGAUGGUGUUUUAUUUAGUUUCAUCUUAGAUUUUUUGAGAACUCACCAACUUUUAUUACCCACUGACUUUUCAGACUAUCUUAGGCUUCAGAGAGAGGCUCUUUUCUAUGAACUUGAUUCUCUGGUUGAUCUCUUAAACCAACACAUUCUAGAGCCAAGACCUGCUUUCCUCGAGGUGCAUUUCCUAAAUCGAAACAUGCAAGCCUUUUUCAGAGUGUUUGGCUCUUGCAGCAAAACAAUUGAGAUGCUAACUGGGAGAAUUACAGUGUUUAUAGAGCAGCCAGCAGCACCCACCUGGAGUAGUAACUCUUUCCCCCCUCAGAUGACCUUACUUCCACUGCCUCCACAAAGACCUUCUUACCACGACCUGGUUUUCUACUGUGGCUCUGACAGCACUACUGAUAAUCAAAUUGGAGUCAGGUAUGUUUCUAUAAAACCUGAUAACCGAAAAUUGGCCAAUGGAACAAAUGUCCUCGGCUUACUAAUUGACAUUUUGCUAAAGGAAGGCUUUCAUCUGGUCAGCACAAGAACAGUAUCUUCAGAAGACAAAAGUGAAUGCUAUAGCUUUGAAAGAAUAAAACCCCUUGAAGUCCUCACCAUGAAUUCAACACCAAAACUGGAGGCAGAACAGUCUCAGAAAAAGAAAUGAAGUUGCCAUUAUCCUGUUUGGAAAUGCCAAUGCUGGGGCAUCUCUGUCAGUCAAAUCUGUACUUAGCCUUUUUUUUAAGUACUUAUAAAUUCUUUUUUUUUUUUUUUAAAUACUUUUUAAAGUUAUA